AUGCAAAGCGCUUUGCAGAAAAGGGGUGACCCACUUGCUGUCUGGGGACGACGGGGGGCAACUCCGGUCCUCCGCCCAGAACGAGGCAGCGCAGGGGGCGCAGCCCGAACACACCCAGGGUGCACAAGAGGCCCACCUACCCCGGGCCAGCGAGGGCUGCGCGGGGCCCUGGGUCAGCCUGGGGACCCAAGCCGGGGGCGGUCCCAGGAGAGCAGAGAGAGGGGCGACUGGAAAGACAAGCCUCUGGGAGGGGCCGGGGCAGGAGAAGAAGCCGGGAGGGCGCUCUGGGGCCCCCGGGGCGCUGGGAGGGUGGUCACCCUGCCAGGCAGGAGCGGAGGUGUUCAGACUAAGGAGGCCAGACACAGGGGCGCAGGAGUCAUCACUGGGCCCAAGGCAGGCCAGAGACUCCAGGUCCCGAGCCCACGGGACCCCUCUGCCCCUGCCCUGGUCCUGUCUUCUGGGCAUGUGCAACGUGCAGUCACACAGGACCCCUCGCGGGUGGAACACGCUGCUGCCACUGUCUUGAGAGUCUCCGUAAUCUCUGACCAAGGUGCCCUGACCGUCACGUUGCACCGGCCCCUCGCGGCAGCACACUCGCACUCCGAAGCCCCUUGCACAGAGGCUUUGCGCCUGCGCUGCUGCGGGCAGGCGGGACAGACGCCCCUCCGCUGCGCCCCCACAGCCCACCCCACUGGUGGACGCCCUGGGUGUGGAGGGAAGACCCCCGCCCGAGGCCCAGAUGCCCCCUCCCCUCCCACCUGCAGCCCCCCUCCUCCCCUCGGUUCAUCAGGGGGCCCAGCCCCAGGGAGGAUGGUGCCACAGGCAGGGAAGCCCCCCGUGCUAGACUGGGUCUACCCGGUCACCAAGGCCACCCAGGGCAGCACCAUCCACCCUGGACAGAUGGUCCAGGAAGCUGAAGUCAAAAGAGGGAAGGACUCGCCCAAGGAACGGCCUCCGGCCUCAGCCCGGGGUCCCUUCGCCGGCGUCUGCCCGGCUCCCUCUUCAAGUCUCAGCUCAAAAGACACCCCGAGCGCCGUCCCGACCCUCAGAGCCGGCGCUCCCGGGUCACAGGCGCCCGCCUCGGCCGAGCGCGGGCUGGGGCCUGGGCCGCCAGCGCCUCCCCCAGGAAGAAGCAGGAGGGGGGCCAAGCUGACCGCGGCGCUGGCCAGAGUCCCCCACUGGCUGGGUCGCCCCGCGCCCGCCCGCCGCCAGGGAUACGGGCAGCUACCGGGCCGGGACCGUUACUGUGCGGGCGACCCGGCCAGGCGGCGACCUCGAGGGUCCCUCGGACUCUGCGCAGACCCCCGAGUGCCCGCGGGCAGCGGCUCCAGGCGGAGAGGCCGCCCCUGCCUGGCCCCUCUUGGCCACUCUCCGCGCCCCAGACCCCGCUCGCAACUUGUUGCUGAGACGCGGCUCUGCACUCGGGGCCCCAAUUCGCGCGGGUCCGGCUCGGGCGCGGGCAGCGGGCAGCGUGCAGCGUGCCCUGCAGCACUCCGCCCGCGUCCCGGCGGGGGCGCUGUACCUGCCUAG